GGUGGGGAUGUUUAAAUAUUUCCAGAAGCAUUUCACCCAUUUCUGGGUGGAACACAAAAGACGAAGGUCCAGACUGGUAUCAAAAGAUGGAAGAUGCAACAUAGAGUUUGGGAAUGUAGAAGAACAAUCAAGAUUUGUUUUCUUGGUUGACAUCUGGACCACCGUCUUGGACCUCAGGUGGAGAUAUAAGAUGACCAUCUUCAUCUCAGCCUUCUUAGGUAGCUGGUUCUUGUUUGGCCUUCUUUGGUACGUAGUGGCCUACAUACACCAGGAUCUGCCAGAGUUCAGCCCUUCGAUAAAUCACACUCCAUGUGUUGACAACAUAAAUGGUUUGACGUCUGCUUUCCUCUUCUCCCUGGAGACUCAGGUCACCAUUGGCUACGGUUUUAGGUGUGUUACGGAACAGUGCGCCACUGCCAUUUUCCUGCUGAUCAUUCAGUCUAUCCUAGGGGUUAUCAUCAACUCGUUCAUGUGCGGGGCCAUCUUGGCCAAGAUCUCUAGGCCCAAAAAGAGGGCAAAAACCAUCACCUUCAGCAAGAAUGCCGUUAUCAGCAAGCGUGGCGGAAAGCUGUGUCUCCUCAUCCGGGUGGCCAACCUCCGGAAAAGCCUUUUGAUUGGGAGCCACAUCUACGGCAAGCUCUUGAAAACCACCAUCACACCUGAAGGGGAGACCAUCAUCUUGGACCAAGUCAACAUAGACUUCGUAGUCGAUGCCGGAAACGAGAAUCUCUUCUUCAUCUCCCCCUUGACCAUCUACCACAUCAUUGACAAGCACAGCCCCUUCUUUCACAUGACAGCAGACACCAUCCUUCAACACGACUUUGAGCUGGUGGUGUUUCUAGAUGGGACGGUGGAAUCCACCAGUGCCACCUGCCAAGUGCGGACCUCUUACAUCGCCGAGGAGGUGCUGUGGGGCUAUCGCUUUGCUCCCAUCGUCUCCAAGACCAAAGAAGGGAAGUACAGGGUGGACUUUCAUAACUUUGGCAAACCUGUGGAGGUGGAGACCCCUCACUGUGCCUUCUGCCUUUACAACGAGAAAGAUGCCAAAGCCAAAGCAAAGAUGGGCUAUGACAACCUCGGCUUCCAAAUUCAAGGAGUCGGUGAAACCAAUGACACAAAAAUGUAAUCUUCAAUCGGAUGAGACUGGAAUGCUGACCUCUCGAUAGAAACUAGGGUAUCGCGCCAAAGAAGCCUAAUAAUAUUCUGAGUACAGAAGGGAAAAGGGACUGGGUUGUUUGGAUACCGAGUGAGCCUUUACCAGGGCAGGGCAGGGUACACAGCAGCAAAUCCCUGGGUGCUGCUAACUUCCUAUUGUUUAUAGUCACAGAACAGUCUAUAUAUUUUUAUAUAUUUGUGAGACUUUUAUGUAAAUUGGUAAAUUGAUAUGUCCAAUAAA